GUGACCGCAGGGGGAGCUGGUGGGCUUGCUCCGUCCUCAUUGUGAGGCUGUCUGCAGGCGGCGCACCAGACUCCAUAGGCUCCGACCGCACGGCGGAGAAGGCGGCGUGGAAAAUGGCGGACGGUGUCGACCACAUCGAUAUCUACGCCGACGUAGAGGAGGAAUUCACACAGGAAACGGACUACCCCGUCCACGAGCAGAUCGACCUGUACGAUGAUGUCAUCUCCCCAUCGGCCAAUAACGGCGACGCGCCCGAAGACCGCGACUACCUGGACGCCCUGCCGGCCCCCGGAGGGGCGGAGGGCGGGAAGAGUGCCCCCCCCAACGUGGUCUACACCUACACGGGCAAGAGGAUCGCCUUGUACAUCGGAAACCUCACAUGGUGGACAACAGAUGAGGACCUAACAGAAGCCAUCCGGUCGAUAGGCAUCACAGACGUCCUGGAAAUCAAGUUCUUUGAGAACCGCGCCAAUGGGCAGUCUAAAGGGUUCGCCCUGGUGUGUGUGGGCUCGGAGGGCUCGUCCAGGAAGCUGAUGGAGCUGCUGUCCAAGAGGGAGCUCCACGGGCAGAACCCCAUCGUCACGCCCUGUAACAAACAGUCCCUCAGCCAGUUCGAGAUGCAGUCCAGGAAAAGCCCCCCAGGAACGCAGUCGGGGCAGAUGUCCGGGGAGGGCAAGGCCGGCCCCCCCGGUAUUGGCCCUCGCGGCGACGGCCGUGGCGGCGGCGGUGGCGGCGGCGGCGGUGGCUUCCCCAUGGGGGGCCGGGGGGGGCGCGGCCGGUUCCCCGGCCCCCCCGGCGGAGACCGCUUCCCGGGGCCUCUCGGCCCCGGGGGCCCGCCCCCACACUUCCCUGGCCAGGGGAUGAGACCAGAUGGCCCUCUGAUGGACAUGAAUUUCAAUCCCUUCGCGCCCGGGGGCAGGGACGGGAACUGGAGACCCAGAGGCGGGAUGCAGGGUCCUCCUCGGCCCCCCCUCGGGCCCCCCGGUCCGCCCGGCCCCCCCGGCCCCCCCCCUCCAGGACAGGGCCUGCCCCCCCCCCUCUCGGGACCCCCCAACCGCAACGACCGGCCGCCGCCGCCGGUCCUCUUCCCCGGGCAGGUCUUCCAGCCCCCCAUGGGACCCAUGCCCCCCGGCCCCCCUCCCCCGGGGUACGGCCCCCCGCCCGGCCCCCCGCCCCCCCAGCAGGGACCACCCCCUCCGGGCCCCUUCCCCCCCCGCCCCCCGGGGCCCCUCGGACCCCCCAUGGCCCUGGCUCCGCCCCCGCACAUGCCGGGGCCCCCGCCGGGCGGGCCCCCUCCGGCGCCCCACGUCAACCCCGCCUUCUUCCCCCCGCCCGGGAACAACAACAUGCCCCCCAACGACAACAGGCGGCCCCCCGGACCCAACGACCCCUACGGGCCCCACGGGCCCCCGCCGCCCUAUGAGCGGGACUACGGCGGCCCCGGCGGAAGGGAGAUGGAGGUGUCUCGGACCCCGCUGAGCGAGGCGGAGUUCGAGGAGAUCAUGAACAGGAACAGAGCAAUCUCCUCCAGCGCCAUCUCAAGAGCCGUGUCCGACGCCAGCGCAGCGGACUAUGGCAGUGCCAUAGAGACCUUGGUGACGGCCAUCAGCCUCAUAAAGCAGUCUAAAGUGUCUGCAGACGACCGCUGUAAAGUCCUCAUCAGCUCACUGCAGGACUGCCUCCACGGCAUUGAGUCCAAGAGCUAUGGCUCUGCCAGUGCCCACACAUCUUUUUCUUUUGACAAUGCCAGACGUGAGCGCUCCCGGGAACGCGACCACAGCCGCUCUCGGGAGAAGAGCCGCCGGCACAAGUCCCGCAGUCGGGACCGCCACGAGGACUACUACCGGGAGCGCAGCCGUGAGCGCGACCGCCACCGCGAGCGCGACCGCGACCGUGACCGCGAGAGGGAGCGCGAACGCGAGUACCGCCACCGCUGAGGAGCCUCGCCGGGUAGGAGAGCUUGCAAGGAUCAGGGAUGGAAGGAAUGGGACAACAGGAAGGAUUAGCACCACGGCACCACAUCAGCCCCCUGCUCAGCAUGGCUGAAC